UUAUAAUAGCAAAACUUACAAACUGCUAGCAAGAAGAUUAAAAAGUAACAUAAUUAACUUUUCAAAGUUAGCUGCAAUCGAAAUGUAUUUAACUUGUACAUAUGAACUACUCCGUAUAAAGCAAUUGUCUUUAAAUUAAUCCGCAGUUUCUAAACCCAUAAUAAUUACUACAACACCGGCUAAAUACUCCGAGUACCACCGGAAAAGAUCUAUCAAAAUCAUCGGAAAAAGCUCAAUACAUGUAGUUACAGUCGGAUCCAUUUCUUAGCUGCUUGCAUUUUCCGGGAACUGUUGAUUAAAUAUGCUGCGGCUAAGGGCAAUUCGUCCGACAAAUGACAGGAUCGUGAAGAUUCAUAUGCAUCCGACGCAUCCUUGGCUUGUUACCGCUGAUGCAUCCGAUCACGUCUCCGUUUGGAAUUGGGACCACCGCCAGAUUAUUUAUGAACUGAAACCUGGUGGUGUUGAUGAACGGCGUUUGGUUGGUGCCAAACUUGAGAAGCUUGCCGAGGGUGAAUCAGAGCCUAGAGGGAAACCUACAGAAGCCAUACGAGGUGGGAGUGUGAAGCAGGUUAGCUUUUAUGAUGAUGAUGUACGGUUUUGGCAACUCUGGCAUAAUCAGUCCGCUGCUGCUGAGUCUCCAGCUCAUGUCACUUCAACUUUUGCUUCUCCUGCUCCAUCAACCAAAGGGCGCCAUUUUCUUGUCAUCUGUUGUGAGAACAAAGCUAUCUUCUUAGACUUGGUUACGAUGCGUGGCCGCGAUGUACCAAAGCAGGAGCUUGACAACAAAUCACUUCUAUGUAUGGUGUUCCUCUCUAAAGCAGCUGCUGUUGAUGGCCCUCUUGUGGCUUUUGGAGGGUCAGAUGGUGUAAUUAGAGUUCUUUCAAUGAUAACAUGGAAGCUUGCACGAAGAUACACAGGAGGUCAUAAGGGAGCAAUUUCUUGCUUGAUGAAUUUCAUGGCUGCUUCUGGCGAGUCUCUUCUAGUUUCUGGUGGUAGUGACGGAUUGCUUGUACUUUGGAGUGCAGACAAUGCUCUUGAUUCGAGAGAGCUUGUUCCUAAGCUCAGCUUAAAAGCUCAUGAUGGUGGGGUUAUUGCUGUAGAGCUCUCUAGAGUGAUUGGUAAUGCACCACAGCUCAUUACUAUUGGUGCUGAUAAAACAUUAGCUAUCUGGGACACAGUCUCCUUUAAGGAACUGCGUCGAAUAAAACCUGUUCCAAAACUAGCUUGUCACAGUGUAGCAUCGUGGUGCCACCCACGGGCUCCCAACCUCGAUAUCUUGACUUGUGUCAAAGAUUCCCAUAUAUGGGCUAUCGAGCAUCCUACCUAUUCUGCUCUUACAAGGCCAUUGUGUGAACUUUCUGCACUAGUUCCUCCACAAUUACUUGCCUCUCACAAGAAGCUGAAGGUUUAUUCUAUGGUUACACACCCUUUACAGCCACACCUUGUAGCUACUGGAACCAAUAUUGGCAUUAUUCUGUGUGAAUUUGAUCAGAAGUCUCUUCCUCCUGUAGUAGCACUGCCAACACCAACAGGAAGUCGUGAACAUACUGCUGUUUAUGUAGUUGAAAGGGAAUUGAAGCUGUUGCAAUUUCAGUUAUCUAACACCACUCCUCCAGCACUCGGAAGUAAUGGCUCUUUGAGUGACACGGGAAGGUUCAGAGGAGAGAUACCUGAACAACUCCACGUCAAACAAACCAAAAAGCAUAUUACUACUCCAGCUCCACAUGAUUCAUACUCAGUUCUUUCUGUCAGCAGUUCUGGGAAGUAUCUAGCAAUUGUAUGGCAUGAUAUCCCGUACUUCUCUAUCUACAAGGUCAGUGAUUGGUCAGUUGUUGAUUCUGGAAGCGCAAGGCUGUUGGCUUGGGAUACUUGUCGAGAUAGGUUUGCUUUUUUGGAAUCUGCACUCCCUCCUAGAAUACCUGUUAUUCCAAAAGGUUCAUCUAGAAAAGCGAAGGAAGCUGCUGCAGCUGCGGCACAGGCAGCUGCUGCUGCUGCUUCUGCUGCUUCUGCUGCUUCUUCUGCUACUGUUCAAGUUCGUAUAUUGCUGGAUGACGGGACAUCAAAUGUAUUAAUGAAGUCGGUGGGAAGCCGAAGUGAACCAGUUAUUGGCUUGCAUGGAGGGGCAUUACUUGGUAUGGCCUAUCGAACUUCUCGAAGGGUUAGCCCUGCUGCUGCUACAACAAUCUCAACAUUUCAAUCUAUGCCAUUAUCAGGCUUUGGAAGUAGUUCUGUUUCUUCAUUUAGCACUAUGGAAGACAGUUCUAAAAAAUCUGCAGCUGAAACAGUGCCACUGAACUUCCAAUUAUACAGCUGGGAAACAUUUCAACCAGUGGGUGGUCUUCUUCCUCAACCUGAUUGGACCGCAUGGGAUCAAACAGUUGAGUAUUGUGCUUUUGCUUAUCCGCAGCACAUUGUCAUAUGUUCUUUGCGUCCACAGUUUAGAUACUUGGGGGAUGUGGCAAUUCCUUAUGCAACUGGGGCAGUUUGGCAGCGAAGGCAGUUGUUUGUGGCUACACCUACUACCAUUGAGUGUGUUUUUGUGGAUGCUGGAGUUGCGCCUAUUGACAUAGAAACAAAACGAAGAAGAGAGGAAAUGAAACUUAAAGAGACACAGGCAAGAGCUGUUGCUGAACAUGGAGAAUUAGCAUUGAUAGCAGUCGACAGUCAACAAACAAAUCCACAAGAGAGGAUAGCAUUGAGACCCCCAAUGCUACAAGUUGUGCGGUUGGCUUCUUUUCAGCAUGCACCCUCUAUUCCUCCAUUUCUGUCAUUGCCUAGACAGUCAAAAGUUGAUGGUGAUGCAUCGAGUGUUCUCAAGGAGAUGGAUGCUCGUAAAGCUAAUGAGGUGGCAGUUGGUGGUGGUGGGGUUGCAGUAGCUGUCACUCGUUUUCCUGCAGAGCAAGCACGGCCAGUUGGACCUCUUCUAAUUGUAGGUGUUCGAGAUGGUGUUCUUUGGCUAAUUGAUCGAUACAUGUGCGCNUGCAACUGGGGCAGUUUGGCAGCGAAGGCAGUUGUUUGUGGCUACACCUACUACCAUUGA